UACAAAAUGGCCGCCGCAGGAGGAGAUCCCCCGGCGCAGAGUAGCACUGCGGAUGAUGCCUUCAUGACAUUUUAUUCAGAAGUGAAGCAAAUUGAGAAGAGAGACUCUGUACUGACUUCCAAACAGCAGAUAGAGAGAUUGCUUCGGCCAGGCUCGUCAUAUUUCAAUCUUAACCCCUUUGAGGUGCUACAGAUUGACCCUGAGGCAACAGAUGAAGAACUAAAGAAGAGGUUUCGGCAGCUGUCCAUUUUGGUCCAUCCAGACAAGAACCAGGAUGAUGCAGACAGAGCACAGAAGGCAUUUGAAGCUGUUGAUAAAGCAUAUAAACUUCUUCUGGAUGCUGAACAGAAGAAGAGGGCUGUGGAUGUGAUACAUGCAGGGAAGGAGUAUGUGGAGCACAUGAUGAUCCAGAAGAAGAAACAGCUGAAGAAGGACGGGAAGCCCACAGAUAUAGAGGAGGAUGACCAGGAGAUGUUCAGGCAAGCGGUAUACAAACAGACAAUGAAGCUCUUUGCUGAGUUGGAGAUUAAGAGGAAGGAAAGAGAAGCCAAGGAGAUGCAUGAGAGAAAAAGACAAAGAGAAGAAGAGAUUGAAACCCAAGAACGUGCCAAACGUGAGAGAGAAUGGCAGAAGAACUUUGAGGAAUCCAGGGAUGGGCGUGUGGACAGCUGGAGGAACUUCCAGGCCAAAGGGAAGAGUAAGGAGAAGAAGAACAGGACGUUCCUCAAGCCCCCAAAGGUCAAAAUGGAGCAGAGAGAGUGAUGUGGAGAGGAGGA